AUGCCCCCCCCCGUGCCCGGGGCCCGGCUCCGGCUUCUCGCCGCCGCCGCCCUGGCCGGCCUGGCCGUCAUCAGCCGAGGACUGCUGUCUCAGAGUCUGGAGUUCAGCUCUCCUGCUGACAACUACACGGUGUGUGAAGGUGACAACGCCACACUCAGCUGCUUCAUUGAUGAGCAUGUGACCCGAGUAGCCUGGCUGAACCGCUCCAACAUCCUGUAUGCGGGCAACGACCGCUGGACCAGCGACCCGAGGGUGCGGCUGCUCACCAACACUCCCGAGGAGUUCUCCAUCCUCAUCACCCAGGUGGGGCUGGGCGACGAGGGCCUCUACACCUGCUCCUUCCAGACCCGCCACCAGCCGUACACCACUCAGGUCUACCUCAUCGUCCACGUCCCUGCCCGCAUCGUGAAUAUCUCUUCGCCCGUGACAGUGAAUGAGGGGAGCAACGUGAACCUGCUUUGCCUGGCUGUGGGGCGGCCGGAGCCCACGGUCACCUGGAGGCAGCUCCGAGACGGUUUCACCUCCGAAGGCGAGAUCCUGGAGAUUUCCGACAUCCAGCGGGGCCAGGCUGGGGAAUACGAGUGCGUGACUCACAACGGGGUUAACUCUGCACCGGAUAGCCGCCGCGUGCUGGUCACAGUCAACUAUCCUCCAACCAUCACCGACGUGACCAGCGCCCGCACGGCCGUGGGCCGGGCCGCCCUCCUCCGCUGCGAAGCCAUGGCGGUGCCUCCUGCGGAUUUCCAGUGGUACAAGGAUGACAGACUGCUGAGCAGUGGCACGGCCGAGGGCCUGAAGGUACAGACGGAGCGCACCCGCUCAAUGCUUCUCUUCGCCAACGUGAGCGCCCGGCAUUACGGCAACUACACGUGCCGCGCAGCCAACCGGCUGGGAACAUCCAGCGCCUCCAUGCGGCUCCUGCGCCCAGGAUCCCUGGAAAACUCGGCCCCGAGGCCCCCAGGGCCCCUGACCCUCCUCUCCGCCCUGGGCUGGCUGUGGUGGAGGAUGUAG